CUUCUUCUUCAGUCUUCUCUCAUCACCGUUUCUCUGCAAUUUGUAUUAUUUUGGGGAUUUUUUUUUCGGUUGCAAGAAAGAGAUUUUGUAUUUUACGGAAAUGCCCUUCUGCUUACGUUAAAACCCAGUUUCAAUUCUUCGUAGUAUUUUUGUCUAUUUAAAGGUCUAAAGACUAUGUAAAGAUAGAUUCGUCCAGGUGAAGGUUUCCCCACCCUUUGAUAGGACCUCAAACUAGCAUAUUAAGACUUUCUUCUAUUGGAGGAUCUGACACCGAUUUUGAGGAUAUAGGAUCAUUGUUUCUUUUUGCUUGUGGGGAUAAUGAUCCUGACAAAACAGUAUCGUUGCAUACACUCAUCUAGUUGUCAAUGCACAAAGGGUCAUCUAAGUGAAGAUGUGAUUUUCUUAGUGUUUCAACAACUCAACUGGAAUCCGAAGUUGAUUGCCACUCUUUCAUUAGUAUGCAAAUGGUUCGAUGAUCUUGCCAAGAGAGUACUUUGGAAAGAAUUCUGCAAAACGAGGGCCCCAAAGAUGAUGCUUGAUCUGCAGUCUAGUGGAAGUCACAGUGUUGAUGGGAACUGGAGAGCACUUGGAAAACUGCUUAUCUAUUGUUCGGGUUGUAGUGGCGGUCGCUUGUUCAACAGUGUUCAAAUACCUGGCCAUUUUGUUUACAGGACCAGGUUCUCAAGGACUUCAGGCAAGAGCUUCCUUUUACCACAAUGCAGGACUGAUAUUUUAUAUGUGUCUGACCCAUGUGAACAUCUGGACCAAGGGGAAGAGGGUGAUAUGGGAUUUUUUAGAGGAGUUUUCAAGUCAUUCUUGGUUUCAAAGGUUCGGAAGAGGUUGAUUGACAGGGCAGCAAAGCUUCAUCCAACAGCUGUGUGCCCUUAUUGUAAGGCAAAGUUGUGGGACAUGCUGCAAGCAAAAAUGAUUCCACAAAGUGCAAGCUGUAGGCUGGGUGCCUAUGAGGAUUGCAUCGAGUAUUACGUGUGUCUUAAUGGACAUAUGCUUGGCAUCUGCACCCUAUUACCGUUGUCUGAUUCUGAAGAGGCAUCUGGAUCGGAGUGAGUGAUUGAAUGCAAACCAGUUUGUUUGCCAUCUCAUGUGUGGACUGAUCUCCCGGUGGAUCAGAUAUAGAUAGAGGGGAGACAAGAUGGACUGUACUAACUUAUCUCUGGACCUGAAAUCAACCAUCAUAACUCGGCGUCUUCUCUCUAGUGCUUUGCUACUUUGUCUACAGUACUCACCGAGUGUUUUCUAGAAAGGUUAGAAGCUAUAGUUAACCAUUUUUGCUUAUUUCAAUUGUCCAAUGGUUCGACAGUGGUCAGUGUGAAACAUGUAAUACCUGUACUUUGUACAUUUAUCAUGUAUGGCUCAUAUGUGUUUGCAUAGCUGAUUGGCAUCUCCGAUGAU